AUGAGCAAUAGGAUAGCAUUCAAAAAUGCUGGAAGCAUAGUGGAUUUGAAGGCUGGACCUAGAGCAAAGUUGGUCCCAAGAUCUUUAGAGGGGAUAAGGAUUCGAUCAUCAAUUGAAUCCCAAACGGCAUAUUUGAGGCUUGCAGAGAACCGAAGAGCAGGAGACAUGCUUGGAUGGGAACUAAUAGGUGUAGAGCAAUUUGUUUUCCAUUUGGAUGCCAUCAAAAAAUCAAGGAGAAUUUUAAAAUUGAGAACAAGCCAAGGAAGAUUACUAGAAGUAAAACUGAGAAGAAUAGUAUGGAUAAAGAUUUUUCCAGGGGCUAAACCCUUUUAA